AUGGAGCGACUUCCCAUCGCCCUCCACCUCACGCAGGACCUCCUGCCCCUCUCCGGGUCGGGGACGACCUCUUCCUCCUCUUCUGCGCGGGGUCAGCAGCCGUCCAAAGUGGUCGGGAGCGGAGCAGGCUACGGCCCUCCCUUGCCCGCCGAAGGCACUCCUCUCAUGCAACUCGUCUCAAACAUGUUGUACGUCCCUCCGCGGGAACCUACGCCUGCCGAGGCUGCGCAGGGAGGGUACGCGGCGAGCGCGAGGGGAGGCAAGACGGAAUACGACUUGGUUGCGGUCCCGUUGACGAAUGGGAAUUGGCAGGAGAGGUGGGAGAGGAUGUGUACUAUUACGGCGAGCGCGACAGAGGCGGAUUUGGGAGCGUUGGCGGGGACGGUGCCGACUGCCCAGGAGGAGAGGCAGAGAUGGGAGGCCGAGUUCUGGAGGUCCGGAGGAGGCUUCUUGCGGAACGAGGUCAACAUCACGCGCAGCGAGGAAGCCGGCAGCCUCGUCGCGUUCGGCUCAGACUGGCUCGAACUCGACUCGCCCGUUGAGGGCAUCCGCUUCGACGCCGAGCUCGCCUUGCGACAAGAGAUCGCCUACGCGUCCUACCUCUCCAUCGCGACCAUCAUCCUCCCUCCGCCGAAACUUGAGAACCGCGAGUUUUUGGCCGACUAUGCGCGCGCGAUCAACGGCGCGUUGGCGAGCAGCUGGCACAUCAACAUCUCGAUCCGCCUGCCCGUCGCCGAGUAUACGGCCUCCGAACUCGCCGCCCGUCCCGGCACUCCUGCUUUCCAUGCCGCAGUAGGCGACGCCGACCGCUGCGAGACGUGGGAGAUGUGGAACACCCUGCGAGGGAUGUGCAACUACUCGCCUCGCCUCAGCCUCACUCUCGACUUGUCGAAUCCGCUUCCCUCCGCACGCAGCCUUGGCCGCUGGUCCGCCGAGCCCCUCAAGCACGUCUUCCUCCCGUGCUCGACCUUCAUCCCGAACGCCAAGGCGUACCCCGUCCUCUCGAAGAGCAUGCAGGCGUUCCUCAAGGCCAUCUUCAAGUUCCGCCCGACCGUCAUCCUCUCCGGCACGCACCGCCAACUGCACUCGUCCGGCGGCCACCUCGCCUACGCGCAAUACGUCCGCUUCCUCUACCGCAAGUCGCAGGAGCUCGUCCCCGUCGAGGAGUACGCGCAGGGUUACAUGGACCACCUCCAACAGCCUUUGCAGCCGUUGAUGGACAACCUCGAGGGUGAGACGUACGAGGGGUUCGAGAAGGACCCGAUCAAGUACAGGCAGUAUGAGGAGGCGGUCUACAGGGCGUUGUUGGACAGGCCGCAGGGAAUGGUGACGACCAUCUUUGUCGUCGGUGCAGGACGGGGACCGCUUGUCGCGGGCUGCUUGCGAGCUGCGGAGCGGGCGCAACGGCGGAUCUCGCUCACGGCCGUCGAGAAGAACCCCAGCGCCUUCGUCAUCCUGCAAGAACGCUCCGCACUCGAGUGGGGUAGCCAGGUCAAGCUCGUCUACUCUGACAUGCGGAGCUUCAACCCGCGCGAAAAGGCCGAUAUCAUCGUCAGCGAGCUCCUCGGUUCCUUCGGCGACAACGAGCUGAGUCCCGAGUGCCUCGACGGUGUUAUGCGGACGCUGAAGCCGGACGGCAUCUCGAUUCCCGCUUCGUACACCUCUUACCUCGCACCGAUCUCGACCUCCCGCCUGCAUACGGAAGUCACGAACCCGCAAGUCGCCUCAGCAGCAACGGUCAUGGACGCCAAGCCCGCCGAGCAGCCCUACGUCGUCAUGUUCUCCCAGUUCCACACGCUCAGCGCGUCGGGCGGGCGGAUGGGAGUCGAGAAGGUGCAGGAGUGCUGGACGUUCGACCACCCUCGGCCAGACGUCGUUACGGACGAGCAGGGCCUUCCCUUUACGAACCACCACAACGCCCGCUCCGCCCACCUCUCUUUCCACAUCCCCCGCGCAGGCGUCUGCCACGGCUUUGCCGGCUACUUCGAGGCGGUCCUCUACGGCGACGUGAUGCUCUCGAUCCACCCUGAACGGGCGGCGGGAGACAUGCUUAGCUGGUUCCCCAUCUUUUUCCCUCUCGCCGACCCCAUCUACCUCCCCGCCUCUUCCGAGCUCGACGUCCAGAUCUGGCGUCUGACGGACAAUACCAAGAAGCGCGUCUGGUUCGAGUGGUCCGCCCAAGUCUACCUCGCCAUCACCGCUCCCCUCUCCGGUCCUAACGGAGGGCUCGGCGGCCUCGCGAGCCCGACAAGCGCGACGUUCUCGACUUCUUCGGGCGUUGGAGGUGGAAGGGCUGGAGCGUUGAGUCCCGUGCUGGGAGGCAGCGAAGCGGCGUUCGCGUCUGCGCCGAGCCCGAUGCUGGGCUCGAACGAGGGAGGACGGAUGUCGGCGAUUCUGGAGGAGGGUCAGGGAAUGGAGCAAGGAGCGGCGGGCGCGACGGUCAACAGGAUCAAGAUCUCGCAGACGAGGUUGCACAACCCCGGUGGGAAGACGAGCUGGAUCGGGUUGUGA